AUGUAUCGUCAACUUCUUGAACAACACAUUGAGGUGAAUGCUCAAAGUGAGCCAUCUAGAGCUCCGGUAUUGCUCAGAGAGCCCGAGAAGAAAGAGAAGACUACAGUAACCCUGCCGAAAAUUGUGGAACAUGAGAAAAAAGUGAAGACGUUCACUUCAAUAGAGCAGGAUUGCGUUAGAAACGGGCUCAAAAUUUUUGUUCGAUUGUUUGCCGAGUAUCCGCGAUACAAACUGAUUUGGCCUCAAUUCCGUGCGAUUCCCGACUCGAGUUUGAUGAAUGCGGUCGAGUUGAGGAGACAUGCAUCAGUGUAUUUGAAGGGUCUUGGAAAGAUCAUCGAGUCGAUGAGAGAUGAGGAGGAAUUGAGAAAAUCAAUGUCGAGAAUCGCAUUGGCACAUAUCAAAUGGAAUGUUCAGAGAAAUCAUGUUAUUCACAUGAUCGAGCCGGUGCUUGAAGUGGUCAAAGAGUGUAACGGAUAUCAAUUGGACGAUGAAACCCGCCAAGCAUGGACCGUUUUGUAUCAAGUCAUUGCUAAUCUUAUCGAAGUGUUCCGUUGUCGUGCACUUAAUGAUUAA